UCAGAGCCUCACAAUGGAACUGAGUGGGCUGAGCAUUAAUGAAGAGGACAAUCUAAACCUGGGACCUUCCAUCUCAGCUAAAACCAACAGGCGGGAUGAAGGUGCUGACAUGAUGAAGAACAUGGAGACUGACCCGAAGAAGAGAAAGGGAACUGUGGAGAGUGAGGAACAGCAGAUGAAACUGGAGAAUGACAAGGAGAGUCUGUAUGAGUUGCCAGAGAGCGUCCGUGCCUCCUCUGCCAACAAGACCCAGGAGAUGCUCUCCAUCCAGAUGCUGAGCGGCAUUCCUGAAGUGGACCUCGGAACUGACGCAAACAUAAAAAACACCACCUCAACUGAAGAGGCCAAGGCCAAGGUGCUGGCAGAGGAGGAGAACAAAAAGAAAGACAGCAAAACUUCCUUUGUUAUCACCAACACGGCUGUUAACUAUGUCCAGCCCAACAGAUGGUCUCCUCCAAAUCGCAAGCGACCAGCCAAUGAAAGAGCAGGAGAUGAUUAUUAUUAUGACAAGAAAGUCAAGAAGAUGAAGGGACAGGAAAUAAUGCUGCCUCCUCUUCCUUUAGAACGCGCAAACAUAAAAAACACCACCUCAACUGAAGAGGCCAAGGCCAAGGUGCUGGCAGAGGAGCAGAACAAAAAGAAAGACAGGAAAACUUCCUUUGUUAUCACCAACACGGCUGUUAACUAUGUCCAGCCCAACAGAUGGUCUCCUCCAAAUCGCAAACGUCCAGCCAAUGAAAGAGCAGGAGAUGAUUAUUAUUACAAGAAAUUCAAGAAGAUGAAGGCACUGGAAAUAAGACGGCCUCCUCUUCCUUUAGAAGGGUCACCAGCAAAUCGCAAACGCCCGCUCAGCGAAAAAACAGAAGAUGAUUAUGACAAACUCAAGAAGAUUUGUAGGCAAUACUGA